UGUGGAGAUGUGCAAAACUGUGGUUUAUAAGUGAAAGCCUGACCUGUUGAGUGGUAGCAAAGCUAAGCGUUUAUAAGUAAGACCCCCUGCUCAGAGCAGAUGAACUGCACCUGACAGAGAGACUGGAACAUGAGCAUUUUCAAACUUAUCCUUUUACUCAGCUUCAGCACACAGUGUCACACAGCCACGGUGAAUAUGAGCGUCCAGCUGGAGCAGAAUGUUACUCUGCCCUGUUUCCUGAACUCCAGCUCUGAGAUGGCAUGGUAUCGACUGAGCUCUGAUAAUAUUACAUUACUCAUAUCAGGAGCAAGAGGAAAGCUUGCAAAAAAUUAUUUUGUUACUUACUAUAAUAAGGAUGAAAGUCACUUUGGGCUGGAAGCAGACAGCAGGCUUGACUCGGUCAGCCUGGCGAUCGCUGGGGUCAGAGAGUCGGAUCUGGGGCUGUAUUACUGCGCUCUUGGUGUCAGUGCAAAGACAAUGCGCUUUGGGACUGCUGUCAGACUCACAUUUGCAGACGCUGAACAGCGGCGCUCGUCAGAGAGUGUGGGCUGCAGGACGCUCUUGGUCUGUGCUUGUGUCGUAUGUGGGAUUUGCUGUAUUCUCUGCGUGUGUGUGCUCUGUUACAGGCAAGGUUCUUCCAAGGUCUCUUGCAUCAGCUGCGUGACAGAAAACUCAAAUGUCAAGGCAGCACAAGUACAGUACGCCAGUCUCCGGUUCCUCCGGCGGUCCAGAGCGGCGGCUCCUGCUCCAGUCAACGUGAUAUACGCAGCUAUAGCCAACCACACGUCCUGAUUUCACUCAUCUAAUCAGCUUCA